AACGAAAGUGUCACGCACUGUGAAUGAGCUUGGCGAGGGUGUUAAAACAGGGGAAGUAACUCUUGCUGACACAGAUUCACAUGGUCCGUUUGUUCUCAAUGGCUGCGUAGAUAGACGUCCACAAGCUUGGCAAGCUACCGAUUUUAGACAUGGAUCAUCAGGAAGAGAAUCAAGAUGCAGCUCGUGCCAGGGAGAGUGAUGAUGAGGACCUGGCUAUGCUGAUGGGCCUGUGUAGCACUAAAGAUGAAGAUGAAAGGAAGCCCAAAUCAAUAAAUGGCACGGCCCUCACCUAUGAUGAAGUGAUGACUAAGCACAAAUGUGAUUGGAUCCCAUCCUACCCCGAGAAUCCCUCCCGGAUAACGCAGCCCUACGCCCGGUGCAGUGAGCUGGGGCUUGUGGACAGGUGCAGGCGCCUGCAGAUGCGGUAUGCGACGGAGGACCUCGUGACACUGCAACACUCAGAGGAGCUGGUGGAGAAGGCGAAGGCCACGGCCAACAUGACCCUGGAAGAACUGCAGGACUUCUUCACCAAAUAUGAUUCCUUCUACUGCAAUAACGCAUCAUUUGAGUGUGCCCUGGCCGCCAUCGGCUGCACCCUGGAAACAAUGGAGCAUAUUAUUCAGGAAAAAGUUCGCAAUGGAUUUGCCCUCAUAAGACCUCCAGGACAUCAUUCCAUGCACAAUGAGUUCUGUGGGUACUCGAUCUUCAACAAUGUGGCCAUCGCAGCCAAACAUGCACUGGAGGCCUUUAACCUGGACAGGAUCUUGAUUGUUGACUGGGACGUCCACCAUGGCCAGGGUACACAGUAUGCAUUCUACGAUGACCCUAGGGUUUUGUACUUCUCAAUACACCGUUAUGAAAACGGGAUGUAUUGGCCGAACCUUCGAGAAUCUGAUUAUGACUUCACCGGCAAGGGAAAAGGCAAAGGAUACAACAUCAACGUCCCACUCAACAAGAUUGGGAUGACAGACAGUGACUACUUCGCAGUACUCCAGCAGAUCCUAAUGCCUGUAGCCUAUGAGUUCCGACCUCAGUUGGUUGUAGUAUCUAAUGGAUUUGAUGCAGCUUUAGGGGACCAGAAGGGGGAGAUGGAGGUGUCCCCGUCGGCCUACGCUCAUUUCAUUCACAUGCUCGGGUCGCUGGGUCAAGGUCGUGUGUGUGUCGUGCUAGAGGGAGGAUACUGCAUCAAGUCUCUGUCAGAGGGAUGUGCGCUGACCUUGAGGUCACUUCUGAAUGACCCCUGUCCUCUUCUACCUCCGCUGCAGGAGCCAUCAGACAGCGUCACAGAGACAAUUUUGAACGUGAUCAAAGUUCUUCAUCCUUACUGGAGCUGUUUCCGCUAUCAGAAGAGUCUAGAAGUGGGAGAGUUAUGUCCCUUUGAUGAUGUCAACACUUUGCCACCAAGACCAGGUGUGGAGUUUAUAACUGAGGAGAAUCGGCCACACACUUACAAGAACGACGACGCCUAUCCUGUACUUUCUGACGAGGACACAGCUGCUCUAGAUAAGAGGAUAGAUGCAUUAAUAGCAGAAACAUCCCUGACGUUUGCACCACACAGAACCUGCAUGGUGUUCGACGCUGAUAUGAGAGCUCACAAAAAUAUGAGUUUCAAAGGUCAUCCGGAGCGGCCUGACAGAAUUUCUCGGAUCUACAACCAGCAUAUAGAGUGGGGCCUAUAUGGCCGGUGUCUGCAGGUCCAGUCCCGUCUGGCGACAGAAGAGGAGUUGGCAACGGUACACAGUGAGGCGUACAUCUCCAAGAUAAAGGACACGACGGACAAGACCCAGCAGGAACUGGACAAUGUCAUGGAGUGGAGGAUGAACUCCAUCUUUGUCUGCAAGGAUACAUACCGGUGUGCUCUGCUGUCUUGUGGAAGUGUCCUCAGUGUGGUGGACACAGUGCUGUCUGGCAAGGCACAGAAUGGUGUUGCUAUUGUAAGACCGCCGGGCCACCAUGCGGAGUGUGACAAAGCCAUGGGUUUCUGUUUCUUCAACAAUGUGGCUGUGGCCGUCAAGUACGCCCAGAACAAGUUCGGUGUCAAGAGAAUCCUCAUCCUUGACUGGGACGUUCAUCACGGGAACGGCACGCAGCAUCAAUUUCAGGACGAUCCCAGCGUCCUGUUCAUAUCCUUACAUCGCUAUGACAACGGUGGGUUUUACCCUGCAAGCGAUGACGGCAACUACACAAAGGUCGGCAGUGGUGAUGGAACUGGCUACAACAUCAACGUGUCGUGGAGCGGGGGUUUUAUGGGGGACUCGGAGUACAUCAGUGCCUUUCAGCAGAUCGUCAUGCCUGUGGCCUACGAGUUUGCUCCCGACCUGGUCCUGGUGUCUGCAGGGUUUGAUGCCGCCAGAGGUGACCCCUUGGGAGGGUAUGACAUCACACCGGCAGGGUAUGGUCACAUGACACAUAUGCUGAGUGGGCUGGCCAAUGGCAGGGUUGUGGUUCUUCUUGAGGGUGGAUACAACCUGUACUCCAUAGCCGCUUCCAUGGCAACAUGCACAUCUGUGUUGCUAGGAGACCAAUGUCCGACCAUGCCAGCGCCACAGCCCUGCCAGAAUGCCGUCCAAACCAUCUGUGACGUCCUGGAUGUCCAUCAGCAGUACUGGAAGAGCCUCAAGUUUAGAGUGAAGAUCCCCACAAUAGCCCAAGUCAUGGACAUGGAAGAAAAAAUGAAGCAAGGACCGGGGUCUACUGGCCCCUCAGUGGAUGAGGUCACGGAGAAGAUGAGCAGCACAUCAGUGGAUGAGGCACCAGCAGCCAGCACAGAUACGAAGGAAGAGUCUGCAGCUCCCCCUGAUGGCUCAGAGGAAACAGGAGCCGGAGCAGCUGGAGGAGGAACCGGAGUGGCGAAGGAGGAACUGAUGGGAGCCUGUGGGGGAUCUGAGGCUCCCAUGACAGUCAGUGAUCUGCUCAAGCAGCAGAACUUUGAGAAGAUGUAUGCAGUUCAGCCACUGACGUGGUGUCCCCACCUGGAGACCGUGCAGCCCCUACCAGCUCGGGGCCUGGACACAGGUGACCCCUGUGAUGUGUGUGGAGACCUGUCAGAGAACUGGGUGUGUCUGGUGUGUUACAAGGUGUUUUGUAGCCGUUUCGUUAACGAGCACAUGUUGUUUCACGGAAUCGAGGCGGGUCACCUGAUGGUGCUGAGCUAUGCCGAUCUGUCUGUGUGGUGCUAUGGAUGCGAUCACUAUGUCGACAAUCAGGUGAUAUACCCAAUGAAGAAAGCAGCCCACAGAAGCAAGUUCGGUGAGGAUCUCCCUUGAAUCUACAAUUCCUGGACAGUCACCUGUUUUAUACACAGAGGUCAACUUUACGCAGAUAUAUUGUUUAUUUUUAAUAGGUGUAAUUUAAUACGUGCAUGUGUGAUAAUGAGAAAACAGUCAGAAUUUCUUAUAUUUUGUAGCUGUGAGAUGUUUUAGCAUAUUGCAUAUAAGUUUGUGUAGUCAUAUAUUAAUAUACUUUCUGUAAAUUGGGGGAUUGUGAGUAAAUGUUUUUGAUGACAGGUAUCUCUGCAACUAGAGAGUAUGGAGACAAAUACUUUGCAUGCUAUUUGUUUUUUCUGAACUAUGUGUGGUGAUUAUUGUGUUUUUUAUUGUAAAAUGAUAUGGAAAAUAUCAGAAUUUGUGCAUCAUGUUAUAAGUCCUUGUCUUGUUUUUAUUUUUAAGAUGUCUAUGAUUUCAUUUUACGUUUUACCCUGUAUAAAGUUUUAGCUGUGUACAUAACAGAAGUUGAUGUCUCAUCAGCUCGAGUCGUGAGACUUAGGAGAGUUAUUGUGUCACUCUGCAAGUGAAAAUAGCAAGAAAACCUUUAUCAUGAGACAGCUGGUUUUGGCCAAACAUUUUAUUUUAUUUUGUAACAGAUUGUGUGUUCUUCUAAAAGAACAAGGUGGGAUACGGGCCCUUUUUGACCCAUGGAAAAUGUCACAUUUUAGAGUUGCCAAAAACUUUGAAAUAUUAUUACGAAAAUUAUCCGACAUUUAACGAUGGCUGACAACAAGCCAUGUUUCUUUACUCCACUUGCGCGUGGUGGACUUCUGACCGAUCAACAUGUAACUAUGGCUACGAUGAGUGAAAGAAUAUUUAAACUUAAAAUGAAAAUUUUAAGUAUGAACAAGUCUGUGACCUAAGACGACUUUUUUUUUAAUUUUCAGUUCUACUGGGUUUUUUCUACAUCUGUGAAAAUCAGUUUGGAUCAACGACUUUGAUAUUUUCAAAUAUUAGAACAACACUUUACUGAAACCCCUAAAGACUUUUUGAAACGUUAUCCUUGCCUUUCCAUUCAGAGUCCCAAACCUGCAGUUGUCAAAAUGAACCAAAUCUAGUUCUCAUUCAAAGAAACACAUCUUGUGAUGCUCGUAACAAUUUCUAAACAUUCCCUCGGUUCUAAAGUGGGCAGAUCAGUGCCCUUGUCUGACUUGCCCUGCUUCUGAAUAUGUUGCAAUGGUUAUAUAAUCAGUCCUGCAGUUUGUCAUGGUGUGUGUGUAAUUGUCUGAAGGAGAGGAAUGAGAGUAACCUCCCUUGUUCUUGGGAAAACUAGUGUCAGAAAAUAACUGUUUAGACCUCAAUCAACCCUUUUACAUCUUUCUAACUAUAUUUUGCUGAUAUAUUAGGUCUGUACUGAAUCGAAGUUUCAUAUGUAUUGUACAUGUAAUUGUCUCUAGCUGAAUGAGAGUAACCUCCCUUGUUCUCGGGAAAACAAGUCUAAGAACAACUGUUUAGACCUCAAUCAACUUUUUUACAUCUUUCUAACUAUAUUUGGCUGAUAUGUUUGGAUCAGUACUGAAGUUUGCAUGUGACAGGAUACAAAACAACUAAAGAUUGUUUCACUUGGCCACAAUAAGUUAUGACCAAAACAAGUGUAUGACCAGUUGUCAAGUCAUUAUUAGAUCUCAACAUUUCUUACAGGAGAUGAACUAGGUUGACAGGUCAUUAUUAAAUCUCAACAUUUCUUACAGGAGAUUAAUUAGGUUUAUGAAGGAUUUUCUCAGGGAGUAUUGACAUAAUCAGCGAAGGAGCAUCAUCACGAAUGUCAUCACCUUAAUAAAAAAUGGUGUUGAAGGAUCUGUAUCUGUCAUUCAAUAUCAGCUACAUCACAUCUGUCUCUGUGCACGCGACUUUUGCCAUGUAAUAAAAAGCAUUAACCUGA